AUGGAAGGAUCUCUGUUGAAAUGGACCAAUUACCUGUCAGGCUGGCAGCCACGUUACUUUGUAUUGGAUAGGGGCAUUUUGUCUUACUAUGACUCCCAGGAUGAUGUUGGAAAAGGAACUAAAGGAAGCAUUAAAAUGGCUGUGUGUGAAAUCCGAGUGCACCAGGCUGACAGCUGCCGAAUGGAUCUCUUUAUACCGAGAGAGCAGUGCUUCUACUUACGUGCGGAGAGUGCAGCUGAAAGGCAAAGAUGGCUGGUGGCCCUGGGUUCUUCCAAAGCCUGUCUUGGAGAUAUCACCACCCAUCAAGCAAAAGAAAUGAUUUCAGACAGUGAAUCCCUGGAACGGAAACUGUCAGAGCUUCGGCUGUUCUGUGAUCUUCUUAUGGAACAAGUGAUGGAAGUAAAAGGAGCAGUGGAUGCAGAUGAUCCUGGAGAACCUCCCAACAAGGAGACACUUGGUGCUGCAUGCUCUGUGUUACACGGGACCUGCACUCACAUCUGUUCAACACUAGACGAAUGUAUGAAGUAUGUCACCAACCUGCAUCCACUGAUACAGGGCCCUCCUCUGCCUGUCCUACCAGAAGAUGUUGUUGGCAGCAAACUUCCACAAAGCCGAAAGAUAAAACGUUCCAUCAGUCAGCCGGCAGUGGCAGCACCCCAUAGGACUGCUGCAUCACCAAGGCGGAAUAAUGGGGUGACUGUAGUAAGGAAUCUGGAGGAAAUGGCAAUGCGUGUACAUUCUCGGGAACAGCAUUAUAUGACAUCUGGUAAUGGCAUUGUUGAGUGA